AUGAACAUCGUGGUGCUGUCGGGCGGUACUGCGGCCAAUGCGUUACUUCCGGCAUUUGAAGCAGUUUCGCGCGAGCUCUGCUUCAUGCUGCCUAUUUCCGACAACGGCGGAUCGACUAGCGAGAUCCUUCGUGUGGUUGGAGGGCCGGCCAUCGGCGACGUGCGCUCGAGGCUGGUCCGGCUGAUCCGCGACGACGCAUUGGCGCGGCUGCUGGGGUACCGGCUGCCCAAUGAGGUCGUUGCGGCGAAAUAUGAGUGGAAUGCGAUAGUGGACGGUACUCACGACGUAUGGGCGGACUUCCCUAGCGAGGUCAAGGACAUUUGCCGCUCUUUCCUCGUGCACAUGCAAGGCGAGCUGCUCAAGAAACACAAGAGUUCCGCGCCCUUCCAGUUCGAAAAAGCAAGCAUUGGCAACCUGUUCCUGACAGGCGUGCGGCUGUUCCUGGGGUCCCUGGACGCUUCGAUAGAACUCACACACCGCGUGUGCCGCUGCGAUGAGCGCAUCAGUGUUGUUCCCUGCAUCAACACGAACCACACACACCAUAUUUCGGCGCUUCUACAAAACGGCGACGUCAUUACAGGCCAGUCUCAAAUCUCGCAUCCGUCAACACAAAAAUUGAGGAGUGCCCGUCGAUUACGGGCCGCAACGCCUGCUCUGUGCGCUCCCAACGCAAGCACAGAUUCACUGGUGGCGCCUGAGAGUUUUGUGCAUUUGCGUGUCCAAGACACGGGCCACGGCAGGGCAGAUAGCAGUCAUGAGCAGACUGGCCACGGUGACAAUGUCUCCCUGUCCUCCUCGUCCUCCUCGGAGGAAGACGAUGACCACGAGGAAUAUGCAUACGCUGGCUACAUCCAUCCGGAGCUGAAGCUCUCGCAAUUGCACUUCGAUAAACUUGAUAUAAGCGAGGACCAAUUGCUACCCGCGCCAGUUCGCCGCAUCUUCUACAUCAAUCCUUAUGGCGAGGAAGUCCUCCCGCGCGGCAAUAGCAGAGCUAUAGGUAAACUCAAAACCUUUGACAUGAUCGUGUACUCAGUGGGCUCUGUAGUGACAAGUCUCCUUCCUAUAGUAAUUCUCGGCAACGUCGCAGAGACCAUUGCCGAGAACUCGCGCGCUGCUAAGGUCCUUCUCAUCAACAACAAGUAUGAUCGCGAGACAUUUGGCCUCAACGGCGCGGACAUAGUUCAAUUGGUGGUGGACUCGAUGAACAGGGCUGUGCAUAACCACAGACGCAGGCGCAAGUCAAACAAAUCAGAGAGCACUGGCGACAAAACCGUUUGGAACGAAUUUGUUACCGACGUGGUGUACCUGGAGAAAGGCGAAAUACCGGUUGACACUUAUGCAUUAAACGCUCAGGGCGUUCGCACACAUGCUGUAGACUCAGACAUAUUUGACAACCAUAUGUUGGCCAACGUUCUGAGCUCUUUGCAAAACUAA